CAGCUCCUUGAAAACGGCAGCAGCACCAGGUGCUGAUCCGAGCCGCUAUAUAGUGCUCGGGUGCCCAUGGUUCAGAAAUAGAAAACAUGUGAACUCUCGGGAUGAUGAGAAAUGCUUCUUUGCUCGGAGUGCGUGUGUGUAUGAUGGAAGCUGCGUGAUAGGAGCAACAUACAAUAGGGCACGCAUCAAGCAAAGCAGUCGUCAUGCGGCCGAUGGUGCGGAUCCUAGUGCGGCCCGGGUUCAGUUAUUGGUGUCGGCUUCCAGCCGCAUCAGUGCAGGUUCUUCUUGUUGUCGUCGUUGUUGUUGUUGAGUGCAUCCCGAACAGGAACGCAGUGAACCUUGCGCAUAAUCACUUCGAUGAAUCCCCAUCAUCGUCGUCGUCACUCAUCAUCGGUCACGGGCAAUCACAGUUCAUGCAGCCUACUGUCCGAAGCAGGGUCCACUUUGCGAAACAAGCAACAGCGACUACUGGAAGAUUCCUUCAUGCAACCAUCAGCCCAUCGUCUGAGGCGUCCAUUACAGCUGCAUUACUAACGCUUGCCGAGCAGCCCAGGACGCAAACAACAAACGCUCCAACAGCAUCAACCGCUUCCCAUGCAGGCGAACAGCACAACGUGGACCACGCAAGUCUGCGGAAACAGCGUUUGAUCCGCGCGAGGGCGCACCUUAAAAGCUUUCGUUCUAAAGCGGGAGUCCGAAAGUUGUCGCCCAACUCGCUCAGGACUGCCUCACCAGAUGAAGCCAAUGCUGUAAUCAUGUCACAGCGACUGUUGGCAAGGUACAAGAGAGGAAUUUUGCAUGACCUGCGUACCCUGUUCAAGGAUGGCAAUGAGCUGCAGCCCCUGCAGUAUAUCAAUAAUGGGUCCAUAUUAAAUGAGGAUAAUAGACCUGCGGUGGCCUCUGAGGGCCUCCUCAAAGUGCUGGGGGAUGAGCUGCUGAAGCAGAGGGAUCCUGAAGGGAACUAUAAUUUGAUGACGCAUGAACCCUUGGAACUAGAUUCAAAUGAUGCUGAAGCCAAAGAAGAGGACUCUGGCUCAAACAUGAAGCGCUCUGUAGAAAAUUCUAAUGGUCAAUUCUUCCCUGCCUUGGUAUUGAUGAUGCCCAUGCUUAACAACUCAACAGAAACCUGCAUGACUACCCAGUCUGCAAAUAUUGAGCCAUCAGAGCUCAGAGAUCCUGUCAGGGAUGUGUCUUCCAAGAGCAUCACUAAGCGGCAGCCAGAGCAUCCAAGCAGGCUAUUCAUGCCUGUGGACAAUAGGCCCUUAAUGGACUUUAUUGAGCCAUUGUCAGAAACUGUACACUAUCAACAGCCUCAGUCAGACAGGACAAGUUGCAGGUCAGAUUACUGCAAGGACCUCAUGAAUACCUUGCUGGAGAAACAAAGAGCUGAGAUGCUGCUGCUGUCCAAGAAAUUUCAGAGGUCCAAGGAGAGGUUACUGGAGAGACAAGCAAAGGAGAGGCACUUGAUCUUGAGCAGCAUAGACAAGGAUUGCUGGGAGGAGCCUGUGAAGCAACAAUUCAUUGUCAACUCAUCCACAACAGAAGCACCGCCCACCACCUUCGUGACCCCGCCCACACAACCCUUAGCCACAGCCCUGCUCGCAUUCCCUUUCCUGAAUGCCACUGGGUCCGGACACCCCCACGCAAUCCCAAUGCUGGCGAAUCUCGCCUGGACUUCUCAACAGGUGUCGCCCCUGACGUUCACGCAGGCAAUAAACACCACGACCAUUUCGUCGGCGGUGGUGCCAAAGAAAAAGAAAAAGAAGCGCAGUGGUUCCGGGAAGAAAGCCAUGGAGGAGAAACGCACUAAGCGGGAGAUAAGCAUUGGAACAGAGAGGGAGCCACAAGCGUUGCGCACGGCCCUGGAUGCUAGUCACAGGAACUACAGCAGCUCUGCAAUAGCGAAAAUGGCCAGAGUUAAGCUUCAGCAUUCCCCUGGGCAGAGGUUUGGACGUUCUGGAGAGGAGAUGCAGGAUGACUGGGCACCAUCAGCAGGGUUUGAUGCUCCUUUUCCACCACAAACUCUUGGGAACUACAAUGAUGGGGAUCCCAAUGACAUGAUGUCUUCUGAUCCCUGUGGAGUGCCCUAUGCCAUGGGUAUGGACAAGGACACAUACCAGAGAAUGAUUUUGAUGCCUUUCACAUACCUGGGCCUGGUUUUCACACUCCUUUUGUGCUCUAUGUACACCAGAUUCAAGCGUGGGAAGCCUGUCAGCCCCUGGAGUUGCUGUCCUUAUUCCGCAGUGGGAGGGUCAGCGGGACAAUUGACUGGAAGUGGAGCAGCAGGAACCAUUGGUCCAGAUGGCACUAUCGUUGGGUCUGGCCAAGGCCAAGGGAGCGAGUACGCUAGCGUGCGGCAGGGCGGUACGAUAAUCGGCGUUACAGCCGGACCAGGAGGCAUGGGCGGAGUAGGUGGAGCCCCAGGUCCCGGUGGCAGCUACGGAAGCGUAGGUGGGGGCGGGUCCGUUGCUGGAGCUCCGAUGGGGGGCGGGUCCGUUGCCGGUGCACCAGGCAGUGUCGCUGCGGGAGGCGGCCCUGCUGGGGCUCCCCCGGGCUCUACCGCAACGGCCCCCAAAGAGAAAACACCGCUGCCUUACGAACGCAUCCCAACGCCGGGGGUGUCACCGUAUCUGUGGAGCCCUCCGGCCACAGUGUUCCAACCAUCUCCUACACCAGCGGGUUCGUUCGCAGGGAGCCCGACUGGUGGCGCUGAUGCCGACGGUGAUGAGUCGGAUGGUGUGGCCAACGAAGACGGUUACAUGCGCGGGAAGCAUUGACAGCGUGACGUGUGUUCCCGACUUUCAUCCGCGUUUGAGUGUUCGUGUAUCUCUCUUGUUACAUCUGCCUUUUAAGCAUAUAAGAAUGAUCAUUGAAACAAACGAA